AUGGCUUCGCAAGAGAAGUGCGUCAUCAAGAUUUUGAAGCCAGUGAAGAAGAAGAAGAUCAAGCGCGAGAUUAGGAUUCUUCAGAACCUCUACGGUGGUCCCAACAUCGUGAAGCUUUUGGACGUGGUGCGUGAUCCCCAGUCCAAGACACCGAGCCUGAUCUUCGAGUACAUCAACAACACCGACUUCAAGCAACUCUACCCAACCCUCACCGACCACGACAUUCGGUACUACAUCUUUGAGAUUCUUAAGGCACUGGACUACUGCCACUCUCAGGGGAUCAUGCAUCGGGAUGUGAAGCCGCACAAUGUCAUGAUCGACCACGAGAAUCGGAAGUUGCGACUCAUCGACUGGGGCCUAGCUGAGUUUUAUCACCCUGGUCGGGAAUACAACGUUCGGGUGGCCUCCCGCUACUACAAAGGUCCGGAGCUUCUCGUAGAUUUGCAGCUCUACGACUACUCCUUGGACAUUUGGAGCUUGGGCUGUAUGCUUGCCGGAAUGGUUUUUCGAAAAGAGCCCUUCUUCCACGGCCAAGACAACUAUGAUCAAUUGGUCAAGAUAGCUCGCGUGCUGGGCACAGAUGGUUUGUUUGCCUACUUGGACAAGUACAACCAAGAAUUGGAUCCGCACUUUGACCAUGUCCUUGGAAGGCACUCCAGAAAGGCCUGGUCGAAAUUUGUGACUUCCGAGAAUCAGCACUUGGUGAGUUUGGAUGUGCUGGACCUCAUAGACAGAAUGCUGGUCUAUGACCAUGCUCAGCGAAUUUUGCCAAAAGAGGCUAUGCAACAUCCCUACUUUGCCCAGAUUCGGGUGCGCACCCAUUCCGCCGAUGUGGCUCCAAGUGAUCUGUUUGCCAAAUGCCGGCAGACCAAUCGAGUGAUGCGAGAUGCGAGGUGUAUGAAAGCCUUAUGCAAGCCUUUCCGGUACUCCGUGACAGAAGGCCAGCACUUGGCCAAGACCGUCGAAGAAGAUGACGAUGAGGACGUGACGAAGUCACGAAGUCAGGUGACGAAGGGGAUGGAGGAUUGGAGUGAGGAGGCGGAUUUCUUCAACGAGCUGGGCAUGGAACCCGAAUAUCGAGCACCAAGGGUUUUGGACAAAGACAAGGGUCCUUCGGUGAGCUCCUUGCUGGACGAGGGCGAGGCUCAUAGCGUCACAACUUCAGUGCUGAUGCAGUACAAGGUUUGGAAUUCCAGCCAGAUGGAACUCGAGCAAAUGAAGGAACAGGGUGCUGCCACCAUGCACUUUAGAGGUCCAGAAGGAGGAGGUCUUUUGCAGGUGGGAGAAAGCUUUUCCGACAUGGACGAGUAUGUGCUGCAGCGACUUCGGGUGGCGAUGCCGAGCGAGCACACGCUGCUGGGUCGGCACUUUCCCAUCGAGGUGCAGCUUUGGCACGAGCCCGCCAUCCACCGAGACAUCCGGAUGCUCAUUGCCGAUCGAACCAAGGUUCAGCAGAUGUUGCGAAGGUUCCAGGAAUUGACGCAAGAUUGGCAGGGCGAACUCCAACAACUCGAGGACCCCGCGGACAAUGAGUCGUUCCCGGACCUGCAGACCGAGCAAGAUUGGGCCGAAAGCGUCCGGCAACACAGCGUCAAGGACGGUGCGUUUCUCAUGGAGCAUGUACAACAGCUCCAUGAACGGAUUUUACAGAUCGACCAGCAAGUGGAGCUUCUCAACGCAAGGCUCCAGCGGCCCGAAUCUGCGCGUAUGGUGGUGUUGUCCCUCUUCUAUUGGACACCCCACACGGCGGAGACUGAAGCGGGAGAGGUGUUGAAAUGGUUGCACCAAAGCGUCACGAGGAACGUCGAGGCGGGUGCUGGAGCCAUGGAGAACCGAACACAGCCGCAGGCUGUCACCGAAGAGCUUCGAAAGAAGGUCCAACAUCUGGAAGAACGUCUAAAAGAGCUGCAGGGCGAUCCAGGAGAAGCAUCUGUGCGGCAAUUGCGUGCGCAGAGGGAGACUGAGUUCGGCUCGACAUCCUUCGACUUUGACUUCAAGGAGUCUGUUCAAAGAAAGGACACCUUGACUGCAUUCGGCUAUGAAGGUAGCUUCACCAGGCCUCCCUGCACACCCGUGGUGCGUUGGUUCCUGAUCAGUGAGCCUCAAGCUGCCCGUGCCAAGGACAUCUUGGGCCUCGCCGACGUGUUACGCUCGGAUCAAUCCACGGAGUGCCAACAAGCUGAAGGCUUGGAAGUGUGUGGCCUGGGCCUUCGUCCUUCGGAUGGCGUGUGGUGGCGCGGGCCCAUCAAACAGACUCCCAAGUCUCCGCGGAGCUUGCCGGAUCUGCCCAUGCGCACGGCCUCCUUAGGAUUUGGGUCCUUCCACAAGCCGAAAGAGACCCAUCUCAGUGCACAGCUGGUUUCCCAACUCCCUUGGCCAUAUGUCCAAGCCUGCUGCGCCGUUCUUCUCCUUUGCUCGGUGGCGAUGCUGGGCACGACGUGCUCGAUGUGGUCCAAUCAAUGCUGUGAUCAAUGA